AUGCAAGACGCGCAUGAAUUUAUAAUCCUGCUACUUAGUUGGCUGCACGACGACUUGAAUGCUGUGACUACGACUGGAGAACUGCCUCCCCGACCGCCGGCGGAAGGCCUCCCGAACAUCAAGGCAGGCGAGGCGGCGUGGUGCGACUUCCAGCGGUACAACAGCUCGAUAGUGACGCAACUGUUUCACGGGCUGCAUAAGUCGACACUACUCUGCACCGGCUGCGGGUCCGAGUCGGUCACAUUUGAAACCUUCUCUCUGCUGUCGCUGCCGCUAGCGAUGGGCAAAAGCAAUCUGACUCAGUGUCUGGACGAGUACUUACGUGGCGACCUGAUCACGGACUGGACCUGUCCAAAGUGUCAGUGUCGGUGCGACGUCCACAAGAAGCUCGACCUCUGGUGGCUUCCACCCAUUGUCAUCCUCCACCUGAAGAGGUUCAGUUUCGCAGGCGGCACCGCGCGCAAGAACCACGCUCAGGUGACCUUCCCCCUGCGGGACCUCGACCUGAGUCGGCUGGCAGUUGGGUCGCACCCCAACACGUACAGGCUGGUCUACGACCUCUAUGGCGUGGUAGAGCACCACGGCAGUCAAGAUGGCGGCCACUACACAGCGUACAGCUUCAAUCAUCCCGCCGACAGCUGGUUCUUCAUGGAUGACUCUAAAGUGAGAGAGUGCUCUGCCGCCAGCGUUCGAGACGCCACCGCCUACCUUCUCUGCUACAGGGCCCGAGAGAGACACGCCCCUGAGGGAGUUUUCACUGGCGAUGAUGGUGCCAAGAGCACUGCCCCGGCGCACGGCGAGUGGCGAACCGCGCUGGCCGGCAGUAGCACGAUACGCGCUCCCCCACCCUCGCGGUGGCGGGGCGGGACCGCCAACAGCGCUGCCACGCGAUUUGACUCGGCACCCACGCGGACGGCUGACCUGGGACAUGGUGGAGGGUAGGGGCCAGAAGGAGGGAGGGGAAGUGAUGUGGUGACGGUGUGUGGGGUGACGAUAAUAUUAUGUUGCGCAGCUGGAUACAGCAUUUCGAAAAAUUGUCAUAACUUUUGAUCAUGG